AUGCACAGGGCACGGGCGCAAAGCUGCACAGGGCACGGCGCACAGGGCACGGCGCACGGCGCACAGGGCACGGCGCACGGCGCACAGGGCACGGCGCACGGCGCACAGGGCACGGCGCACGGCGCAAAGCUAUACACGUGGCAAACACGUGGCAUACACGGGCACACCACGGAGCACAGCUGCACAGGGCACGGCGCAAAGCUGCACAGGGCACGGCGCAAAGCUGCACAGGGCACGGCGCAAAGCUGCACAGGGCACGGCGCAAAGCUGCACAGGGCACGGCGCAAAGCUGCACAGGGCACGGCGCAAAGCUGCACAUUGCACACGGGGCAGGCGCAAAGCCGCACACAGGGCACGGGACAAAGCUGCACACGAGGCACAUGGGGCAGAAGCAAAGCAACGGCGUUAA